GGGUUUCCAAACUUUUCUUUAAUUAUUGUUACUUUAUCGACGAAACAAAUUAUUUAUUCCACACCUGAAAAAGCAAUGUAUUACCAUGCGUUUGCAGCAACUUUCCUCAAAAUCCUUACUCUGAAAAUGAAGAAUGCUGCGAAUUUGUAUGUAAAAUCUCCAAAACCUGCAUUUCUCUUCAUAUUAUUAUUCAUCCUUGUUGUUCAUCUUCCAAAGGCUGCAUCAGUGGAUGAUGAUGAUAACAUCAAUUUCACUUUCCCUGAUUUCAACCCAAAUACGCAUCGCAUAGUGUAUGAAGCUGAUGCGCACGCAUCAGGCAACGCAAUACAACUCACUGCUGACCAAAUAAACAAGGGUCUAAAUGGUAGUGUUGGUCGAGCCACUUAUUACAAGCCAAUGCACCUUUGGGACAAUUCAUCGGGGAAUCUCCUAUUUGCAGAUUUCACCACUCAAUUUUCUUUCUCCAUUGAUUCCUUGCACGAUAGCUCAUACGGUAGUGGGUUUGCGUUUUUCCUUGCUCCCAAUGGCUCAAAUAUCUCACCUGGAUCUGCCGGUGGUUGUUUGGGACUUCAAACUAAUUGCAACUCGAAUUUGACUUACGACGUCAACUCUAAAUUUGUUGCAGUGGAGUUUGAUACGUAUCACAGUCUUUGGGAUCCUGUGGGGAUGUCUGAGCACGUGGGCAUUGAUCUCAACUCUGUCAAGGCUUCUAACCCCACCGUUAAAUGGUGGUGGAGUGAUAUUGAAAAUGGGGGAAAAGUUAAUGCUUUCAUCACUUACAACUCUAGUACAAAAAACUUGAGUGUUUUCUUAGUUGAUGCUAGUGAUUUUUCUGGAGCCGCUGGAUUUAAAACUCUGACAGAGCUACACACAAUUUAUUCCUGGAAUUUCAGCUCUACCUUACAAGUUUCCAUGAAUACAACUAUCCAUCCUCCAGCAAUCGCACCAAGCCUUCCAGUCAACCCCAGAAGGAAGAGCAAGACAUGGCUAUGUCUAGUUCUAGCCAUCGUUAGUGGCAUUUUUGCUUUGCUCCUAGUUCUAGGUCUGGUUUGGCUUUUUUGCAGGAGAGGAAAGUAUAACAAGAUGAGGGAUGAUGGGCCCAUGUCUAUCAACGUAGAAAUGGAAAAAGUAACAGCACCUAGGCAGUUUUCCUACAAGGAGCUAAGACUUGCAACCAGUAAUUUUGCUGAUGAAAGUCUGCUCGGAGAGGGAGGUUUUGGGAAGGUUUAUUUAGGCUUCUUGAGGGACAUCAACUGUAGUAUUGCUGUCAAAAGGAUAACUCCACAUUCUCAACAAGGGGUGAAAGAGUACGUAUCAGAAGUUACAACUAUUACCAGAUUGAGGCAUAGGAAUUUGGUCCAACUAAUUGGUUGGUGCCAUGACAGUAAGGAGUUCCUCAUCGUGUACGAAUUCCUUCCAAAUAAGAGUCUCGAUUACCAUCUACAUAGAGAACCGUGCUUGUUGACGUGGGAUACAAGGUAUAAAAUCGCUAUGGGACUGGCCUCAGCGUUGUUUUAUCUGCAGGAAGAAUGUGACAAAUGCGUUUUGCAUCGAGACAUCAAGUCAAGUAAUGUUCUGUUGGAUUUGAGUUUCAAUGCCAAGCUUGGUGACUUUGGGUUGGCUAGGCUUGUUGACCAUGGACAAGGGUCUCAAACAACUAAGGUUAUGCUUGGUACUGAUGGUUAUAUAGCACCCGAGUGUCUUGACACAUGCAAAGCCAUUAAGGAGUCCGACAUAUACAGUUUUGGUAUUGUUGCCUUAGAAAUAGCCACCGGAAUGAAGGCUAUUGCUGUAAUUGAAAGGAAUGGUAAAAGAUUCAAGAGAAAACUGGUGGAAUGGGUUUGGGAACUGUACGGAAAAGAGAGUGUUUUCGAUGCUGUAGACCCACGAUUGUAUGGCAAUUACGACAUGGAACAAAUGGAACGGUUGCUCUUAGUUGGGCUGGCUUGUGCUAACCCAAACUAUUAUGCCCGCCCAUCGAUAACGCGGGCUAUCGACAUCCUUGGUUUCAAAGCACCACGGCCCAUGCUACCACGGGAGCUGCCGGUUCCAACAUAUAUUGCAGCUUUGGAAGACAAUAUUGUUACAUCUUCGGCAUCCAAUUCAUCCCAUACCAGUGGUUCCAGAAGAAGCGAAACCCAAACUUCAGGCAAUGGUUCCAAUAUCCCUUCUUGAAGGAUAAAACAAGAACUCCAGGUUCAGACACAGAAGCCAAGCAGUGAGUUCUUGGUUAGUAGUUAACACUUAGUAUUUUGCUCUUUUCAUUGGCUAUGAAGAUUACUAUUUUGAGAUUUUAAUUUUGUUCUUGUUUUUGUUCUUGUUAUGGUUUUCCAAAGUGUAAAAUAAUGAUUGUUUUCGUUAUUAACCAAAGUUCAAUUUUCCUAGCAAAAUGAACGAAUAUAUAAAAUCUUAUAAAUAAAUAAAAACCGAUUCGAAGGGUUCCUAGGA